UUGGUCCCAACACCUACAUUGCAGUACAAAAUAUAAUAGAAGCAGUGCAAAAAAGUGUGCACUAAAAGGCCUCUCUACUACUGAAUUCCAAGUAUUCUUCAAUGAUCUUGCCACAAACGAUUUCAUUCCACAGCCGGUUAUUCCCCGAAUCCUCCAUUGACAUUAUGAAUGCCUCUUAUGCACUUUGCUGGCUAUCACAAGUGCCAAUAGAAGUAGAAAACAAGGAGUCUCCAGCAUGGAAUAGAGGAAAGAUUUUCUAUUCAACUUCAUCAGAUGAAGUAGCUGACGCUUAUGCAGCUCAGUUUGCUAAGGAUGUCAAUAACUUCCUGAAUGCCAGAGCUAAAGAGAUUGUUGUUGGAGGGUUACUGUUACCUGUCAUACCAGCUAUUCCUCAAGGAUUUCAUCGUUCGAAGACAAACGCGAUUGGUUUUACUUUUGAUGCCAUUGGCUCUGUUCUCAUGGAUAUGGCUAAUGAUGGAAUAAUCAGUGAAGCUCAAGUGGACUCCUUCAACUUGCCUUAUUACAUCACAACUCCAGAUGAGAUGGUAAAGCUGGUUGAAAGAAAUGGCUGCUUCAGCAUUGAGAUGAUGAAGACACCAGAUCCAUUUGUUUUUAAGAAUCAGCCAAUUAAUGCCAAAGAGAAUAAUGAUCAUCUUAGAGCAGCUUUUGAGUGCCUUAUAGCAGAUCAUUUUGGCAGCAGUGUAGUUGAUCAACUGUUUGAAAGAAUUGACCAGAAUGAAGGGUUUUAUUCAAAACUUGAUGCAAGUUACAGUAAACUUCUGCUACUUGUUGCUCUGAAGCGUAAGGGACAAAACUAAAAACAUCCCAGGUCCUAUGUCUAGAAUUGCUGUUUCCACAAGAACUAAUUGGAAUUGUGUUUUUCACCUCUCCUCCCCUGAGGUUUGGUAAAAGAAAAAUUACAGAUGCCACUGUGGUUUUAAGACAAUGUCAAUUAUCAACCCUUUUCCUGGUGUCAAUGUUAGUAUCUCUUCUGGUCCAAAAUGAACGUCCCUUCGAUGUCAAACCAAGAUUGUUUUGCUUUUGCAUAAUAUAAGUUGAAUGUGAUUCCCAAGUGAUAGGUGUUUUAACACAUAAUCAACUCUGAUUUGCUUGAUCAGAGAACAUGAAAUGUUAUAACUGGCUGCAUGAUUGCAUUAACUACAGUAUUCUUAAAGCAACUUGCAGCUCAAGCAAUGAACUUGGUUUUAGAUACAACUUCACUCAACUCUCGUGAAAAAAGACAUGGUUAUUAUCAACCAGGGCCGAUUGCGCAAAGGGAGAAUACUGGAAAACCAAGAAGUAAAAUAUGGAAGACUCGCUUAGCCAUCUAAGGGCAACUCAUUAGCUCAGCCAACACAAUUAUUAUAAAUAACAAAAGUUUCGCAGAAACGAGAGUCUGAAGCAAAAUUUCUCCUCAAACUAGAAUGAAGAUUGCCAAACCCCAAUGAGCAAAAUGUAACUGUUAGAGGAAAACACGACCACCUCUAUCUUCCUCAGGUUCUACGUCUCUCACAUUCAAG